AUGUCAGUUGAGUUUGAAACCUCUUUUCAGGAACGACUAAUUGUCACCUCAAGCUCAGUGAUGCAUGUGAUAGCUGAGUUUGCCUCUGACAGACAAAAGGUAGCUGGUCAUUUCUCUCUUCACUCCCUUCCUAAUUCUCUCUUCACUCCCUUCCCAAUUCUCUCUUCACUCCCUUUCCAAUUCUCUCUUCACUCCCUUUCCAAUUCUCUCUUCACUCCCUUUCCAAUUCUCUCUUCACCCACUUCCCAAUUCUCUCUUCACCCACUUCCCAAUUCUCUCUUCACCCACUUCCCAAUUCUCUCUUCACUCCCUUCCCAAUUCUCUCUUCCUAAGCUGACAUUCUCGAUGAUAGAUAUUUUGAAAGUCAAUUCAUAUCUAUCUAUCUAUCUAUCUAUCUAUCUAUCUACAUAUAGUUCUGUCUGUCUUUAUCUAUCUAUCUAUCUACAUAUAGUUCUGUCUGUCUUUUAUCUAUCUAUCUAUCUACAUAUAGUUCUGUCUGUCUUUUAUCUAUCUAUCUAUCUACAUAUAGUUCUGUCUGUCUUUUAUCUAUCUAUCUAUCUACAUAUAGUUCUUUCUAUCUGUCUUUAUCUAUCUAUCUAUCUACAUAUAGUUCUAUCUGUCUUUUAUCUAUCUAUCUAUCUACAUAUAGUUCUAUCUGUCUUUUAUCUAUCUAUCUAUCUACAUAUAGUUCUAUCUGUCUUUUAUCUAUCUAUCUGUCUGUCUCUCUGUAUACCUCAAAACACAGAUUAUAGUUCUUGUCUAAUCUUUUAUCUAUCUAUCUAUCUACUUAUAGUUCUUUCUUGUCUUUUAGCCAUCUCAUGUCAGUAUCAUAUAGUUCUGUCUUUCUUUUAUCUAUCUAUCUAUAUUUACUAUAGCCUUCUGUUUUCAAUAUAA